ACCCGGGAGUUCGCUCAUAACUGUAACCGCUCUUUUGUGAUAAUCGAUUAAAGCUUCUAAGGUUCAAAUCGGCAAGGCAAUCAGGAAGUCUUCUGGAAUAUUCUCACUUCUCAAAAUUUAUUUUGGAUUAAUUAAUUUAUGAAAAUAUUAAAAAACAAAUAGCGAUAAAGGAAACCGAAAACCUAAGUCACCCCUAACUCGACGACGAGAUGCCGAAAAAGAUGGGGGUAAACAACAAAGCCGAGGCGGCGCGUGCACGCAAGAGCGCUACCGAAGCAGAGCGUAAAGAGCGGGAAUCUCGGGAGAAAGAGGAGCAGUACUGGCGCGAAGCCGAGGGUCCCAAAUCCAAGGCGGCCAAGAAACGCGAGGAGGACGCGGAGAAACGAGCCGAAGCGGCGACUCGUCGUGCGGAGGCGCGUCGUCAAGCCGAGAUGGAGGAGAAGGAGAUCGAGAAAGCGAUGAAGAAACCCGACAAGAAGGCGAACCGCGUGUCGAUUCCGGUGGCGAAGGUGACGGAGGUGGAGCUGAGGAAGAAGAGAGAGGAGGAGCAAGCGGAGAUGGCGAAGAAAGCGGAGGAGGCGAAGAAGAGGCAGACUAGGACCGCUGCGGAAGAAGAGUAUGAGAGGAUGGUGUUAGUGACGAACACGAAUAGGGAUGAUUCCUUGAUUGAAGCAAGGAGUGUGGAGGAGGCGAUUGCGCAAAUGUCUGUGGAGGAUAAUCUUCCCGCGGAUCGCCACCCUGAGAGGCGGCUUAAGGCUUCCUUUAAGGCAUUUGAGGAAGCUGAGCUUCCCAGGCUGAAAGAAGAGAAGCCGGGUCUUACUCACAAUCAGUACAAGGACAUGAUAUGGAAACUAUGGAAGAAAUCUCCAGACAAUCCUCUGAACCAGGCAAAUUGCUGAGUGAUCACUUCUGAAUUUUCCUCAGGCUAGAAUAGCAGGCGAGUUUUACUUGGAACAUAUUGGGUGCCGAGAUGCAUUUGUGGUUUCUAAACUUGUGUCAGUUGCUGGCCUACAAUAUGUGCAGUGUCUGCUUAAAACUAAAUAAAACUUGAUUGAACUGAUAAUGCUGGCUUCUUAUCAUUACUGUUCAGAUCAUGCCUCUCUUGUUUAGUUACAUAAGUCUGGUUUUUUGCCCUCUUCUUUGUCCUUUUCAUAAGUGCUGGAAAAUAUUGACUGUUGUACAUGCAGAGAAAUAGUUCUGGGCAUGGAUUGUGCAAAUUACAGAUUAAGCUUGUUUGGAAGGUUUUCCUUUCUCUCAAGGAUUAGCAAAGAUCGAUACAUGAUGUGCAUUUGUGACUUAAAUCAUGUUAGGCUUGCUUCUGAGUCCUCUUCUACUAUCCAAAUUCCAAAGUAUCAAUGCACGAAUAUGUCAGUAGAUUUGCUUAUUUACGUGAAAGUCUACCAGCCUGAGGAAUAUAGUGGGAAGAUAAGGCUAUGCCUCUUAGUGAUAUUUCUCAAGUAGCUCAGAUCAAUGUGAUUGGAUUAUUGGAAUGCUUAUCGGUUUUUGGUGAUUCUGGCUUCAAAUUUUUCCAUGGACAAAUGUUGUAAAUUCUUGGAUGCCAAGUUUAGUGAAAAUUACUGAAUGGCUGUUUUGAAGGUAUUUAUGCUUGAAUAUUGCAAUUGCAAACUUGAAA